UCACGCUUAGUGUCGUUAUGCUAAAAAUAAACGUUCGGAAAGUCCUAAUAUGUGCACGAUGGUCUGGUGCCAAGAAAAAUGACAAACAGGUAAAUAUUCGAGAGUCAGAAGGUGUUUCUUGCGGAGGUGCAGAAGACAUUCUUACUGUCGUUUGUCAAUUCAGUAUAAAGUUGGUAAAGCAUACAUUGUUAAAGCUGCUAGGGAUGCACUGGCAGUAUUCAGCAAGAGUUGAGGAACUUGUCGAUUGAUUAAGAGGGUCACAAAAGAAAUUCGUGUCGAGCUCACCAUUGCCCUAACUAUGGGCGACGAAAGCCACGCCAUUUUUGAGAUGGGUCUUACACCUGGUGUUGGGUUUGUCAGCGGUCCUGUUGGUUUGCAGGCUCAGCAAACCGCUUUAGACGAAGGGAAAGAAGCUCACCAAAGAGUGGUCGUAAACAUCGUCGGAAAAGAGCGACAAGGCAAAACAAGCCUUAGGAAAAUGUUGACGUGUGAUCCGUUUGAUAUGAACGAAAUCAGCACCGUCGGUAUUGAACAGAAACUAGUGGACACAUCGGGUUUAACGGAGUCAUGGAAAACGGUUGACGUAGCUCUGUCAAACGCUUCAGAAUUCGAGGAAGCGCUUGGAGUACACACACUUAUGCGAUUAAAACCUUCGCGCAAGGUUAGCGCAAAGAACGCCGUUUUGGCGUCUUGUAAAUGUUUUCUUAAGAUUUUACUCUUAGUAGCUGGCUUGCUAUCAGCAUAUUUGUGUGUCAGCAUACGUCUUUCAGAUCAGGUCCCAUGGAUGGGAUUCCUUCUGGUUUUAACGUAUGCAGUUUCUGUGUGUUUCUUCGGACUCCGGGAUGGGUUUGGUAUAGCAAUAGGCGUGAUCAUUCUGGCGCUAUGGUCCGACGGUGUGUGCCGAUGGCAACUCCACGAACAUUUUGAGCAAGUGAGUUCUGACUACGGUCUUCUUCCAGCAUUAACACUUGGCUUUGUGUUGUUUUUCUUAAUAGACAGUUACAUCGGGUUAUCCUGUGGGAUGUCUUUAGGGACUGGCAUGACCCUGACUCUGUGUAUUAUGGACACUCCCGUGGCCACAGACUCGCAACCACUUACAUGCCCAAUUGGCCUUUAUCACCAUCAAGCCAUUUUCAUGCUAUCUACCUGCGUGGGAUUGGGGACUCAAAAAUUUCCACAAGUCAUUUCAUGGAUUAUUGUCCCUGCUCUUGCCAUUGUCGCUUCUAGGGCUGCAGAGACACAAAGCAGCAGUAUUUUUACCCUUGUGUUUGGCUUGGGUUGUGGUUACGGGCACGGCGUGUUUCUUUCCGUGGGACAGAAACUCUACCUAUUGUUUAAAGAGCGUGUAUCACCUUUAUGUGAACCGCAGACGCGUCGUCUCAUCACCUACGCCAUAGGAAUCAUACCCGGGCUUGGAUUCAGUUUCAUGUUAGGAUGGAGGUUUCCUCGAAACUUUAAUUUAGGCAAACAUGUUGUCGGUCUAACUUUUGUUAUUGGAGUCGAGCUUCUCCAUUUAAUAAACAGCCUCAAACGAAGUCCUCAAAAGCACGGCAACGACAAAUUCAAAAGCACUUCGCUCUCCCCGAGCAAAGUUUUACAAGCGCGCCAUCGUCGCAGGGAAAGAGUCAAAUUGGUAAUGCGAGACUAUGCUGGGCAUGCUCUCUACCAUUCCGUACAUCACAUCUUCAUGGCGGCACAUUCGAUUUACCUUGUUGUGUUCAACUUGAAGGACGCUGUUCUCGAUGCUCGAACAUCUCUGAACAGCUUGCUGUUCUGGUUACACUCAAUACAGGUGCACGCGCAGUACCCAAACGCAUCUGUCCUGAUAGUUGGAACUCACCGCGAUCAUAACAUGGUGGGACCAACGAAAGUGAGAGAAAUAGGCAAUUUCUUGAGGAGCAGCCUGCCACACAACUUGCACAAAUUUUUGAUAUGGAAUGAGGAUGACACGCCUCUUUUUCCGGUGGAAAAUAGUCUCAGAUCUGUUAAUGAUGCUGACCAUGAGCAUUUGCGGAAAACACUGAUGCGCAUAGCGCGUGAGUCCGAAUUCCAAAAGCAACUGUGGCCCAUAAAAUACCUGGCGCUACACAAAGUUAUUCAAAAAAGGAGAGAGAAUGGACAGCUCAUUGGAAAUUUUGUAGAGCUUUACGAAGUGUGUAAAAAGAACCAGUGUCACAUUAAAGAUGAAGACGAAUUUAAAGACAUGUUAAACUUCUUUCAUUUCAUUGGUGAAAUUAUUUACAAAGCAAAUGGAAAACUGUCCGAUGUUAUUGUUUUUGACCCACAGUUACUGGUCAAUAUCAUGGCCUCCAUAGUGACCAUCCCAUCUUUAUCUAAACAAAAACAUUCAUUAAUGGACGAUUGGAGAAACCUGAAAAACACUGGAACGCUUUCCACGCCUUUACUGCAACAUUUGCUGUCUGACCUCACAAACGCCAAUGUCCAGGAGAGUUUGAUAGACCUUCUGCAGCAUUAUCACCUUAUAUGUAAAGUGAUGCUGAACAAUAAUGGUUUCCAUUAUAUAGUGCCAAAACUGCUACCUCAUACCAAACAUCUAAGUGGAUGGUGGGAUGACGACGUCGACUCAGAUAUAAUUUACUAUGUAGACUUUGGAUGCUUUCCCCCACAGACUAUUUUCCUACGACUUGUGUGCCAAUGUGUUCAAUACGAUAACCUACGAAAUAUCGCCGUGCCUCGGAUUUCACAAAGUGCUGCGUUAUUUACUUUUGAAAACAGUUAUGCACUGAAGCUAGAACUUCUUGGAAAUGAAGAUUUUGUUAGCCAGCAAAGCCAAAUGAUCAAGGUGACUGUAAGAUGCGGUAGAGGCCGUGAACCGGCCAUAGUGUUAGAUGCAAUCCAACACAAUCUGAAAAGAAUCGUGUCACAGGAUUUUGAGAAAUGUUCCUACGUUUUUGGCCCUAAAUGCCCAUUUCAGGAUGCUCAUGACCAAGAGAAUUCAGAUAUUCACCUUCUUGAAAUCUGGUCCAUGAACACAGAAGAUGCCUCAGCGUCACGUAAGAAGCAGACGACAUUCUGGUGUCGUGGACGAAUGAUCGAGUUGCAAGGGAGCAAAGCUGUUGGGUUAGAUAAGACGGCAACCUCAGAUGAGAAAAAGAUUUUUCAACGCAAGAAGAAUGAUUUGACAGCGAAGUGUUGGGCAGAUACUUCAUUCAAAAGCCUGACACCUGACAUAUACUACCGCGUGUGUAAUGCCCUAAAUACACCUAGUAUUUUUGGUAGGGACUGGAAGGGAUUGGCAGCUCAUCUAGGCAAGAGCAUGUUCGAAGUCCAGGUGCUGGAAAGGCAACAGAACCCAUGUGAUGCCGUGCUGACAGAGUGGUGCCAAACCUCUAACGUGACUGUGAGUGAUGUGAUCAACUGCCUGCGGGACAUGGGAAGACUGGACUUAGUGCAAGAUAUCCAAAACUACGCACGGGAGCACAACUUGGUGCAGGCAUCCUAAUGCCAGUGCUGUCCACAUUGAUAUUUUGUUGCCAAGUUUACCAGAAGUCAGUGAAGUGGACAAAAAGGCUUCGUGUGCAAACCUGUAAAAUUUUAUUGAAUUUUUUUUCAAUAAACGAUAUUUAAACUUAUUAACAUGUUUGAUAUUUGUUUCUUGUUUCCAUUUCCUUAAGAUGUUUACGCAAAUGAAUUAAUACUUUCUUAUACCAAAAUUGCAAAAA